AUCUAACUGCAUUAAGGAUCCAAAUAACGAGUAUCGUAUGAAGGGGAAAAAAAUUUUUGAAUUGAAUCCAAUUUGGACCGCCCUGUUUGCGUUUGUGCCACAAAUUACGGAUUUCUUUUCUAUCCCUUUCACCGAUCGAGAUGUCACCAGUUUUUAUAUGAAUAUGUUCCGAGAAAAUGUAGAAUACAGACAAAGUCAUAAUAUCGUCAGACAAGAUUUUAUGAAUCUACUCAUUCAACUCAUGGAAAGGGGCUAUGUUGAACCUGACGAUGACAAGACUACCCAUAUAUCAUCAACCGUAAGCAAACUUACUAUGGCAGAAGCUGCUGCACAAAGUUUUCUCUUUUUCAUAGCUGGAUUUGAAACAAGCGCGACGACAGCCACGUUCGCUCUAUAUGAAUUAGCUCAACAUCAUGAUAUACAAAAAAAAAUUCACAAAGAAAUCGAUGAAAUAUUAGCAAAAUAUGAUGAUUUGACCUACGAUGCUGUGAAUGAAAUGACAUAUCUUCAUAAAGUAAUAAAUGAAACUAUGAGGAAAUAUCCCCCUGUUAUACUACUGAAUCGCAUCUGUACCAAGGAUAUAGAUCUACCGACAACGGACAUUCACCUGCCAAAGAGGACUUUAAUCAAUAUACCGUUGCUUGAACUGCAUCGAGAUCCCUCAAUAUAUCCGGACCCAGAUAAAUUUGAUCCUGAACGAUUCAACGCAGACAAAAUAGCAGAAAGGCAUUCUUAUGCUUAUUUACCAUUCGGGGAAGGCCCCCGAAGUUGUAUUGGUACGCGAUUUGGCUUAAUGCAAGUAAAAAUUGGACUCGUGAAUUUUUUGUUGAAAUACAAUUUCAAACUCCACUCCCGGACUCAGGUCCCGUCUAUUUUCGAUGAAAGAUUUCCUACUCUUUCGGCAAAGGGCGGUAUACACUUUAUUAUAGAGCCACGAUAAAAUAAUCGCGAUAAAAUAAUUCUUAUGUGAAUUAAAAAUAUUUAUACUCUUGACCUACUCUAAAUACAUACGUUAUAUAUGCUGUUAAAUAUUACUAUUAACGUAAUAAAAUAUUUUUCCAUUAA